AUGAGUGAGAAAUUCCCCACCUCGCACCUAAACGAGCUCCGCCUUUUACGGCGUCGGAAAUUCCAGUUUUCCCAGACUCUCGAUUCUGUGCUUCGGUCUCAAUUUUCCCUGACCUCACCUUUUCUUUUGUAUUCUAUUGGGGCAUCUGACCGAUUUUCUGCCAGUAUCCGCCUGUCACCCUGCCUCGAAACAUCCUUCCACCGUGUUACCCAGAGCUGCCACGAGACGUGGGCAGCUCAUUUUCAAGACGUCGUCCACAAAGCGCCGCAAGGUAGCAGAGCCUCGCAGACCAACGGGUUUGUCGCUUGCCUCGCAGCCCGCAAGACGUCACUCGUCCACCUCGUCUCGCUCGCCUUCGACGGCCGCUCCUCCUCCUCGUCCUUCCUCUACCUCCGGCUCGAACCGCAGUCAGACCUCCGUCUCGCCCUCCCCGUCCUCUCGCUAUAUUCCCGCUCAUCUACAGGACGACGUACUAGGAACCGCCCCGUCCUCCUCCGCUGCCGCCGCAGCAGCGCGCUUACCAACCCCAGACUCCCCCACAAGCACCGUUGA